AUGUUCGAUAAGUUCCAAACCCCCCCAGCAAGCAUUAUAGAUGCACAUCACACGCGGUCUGCUGUCCUUCUUCACGAAAUGACCCAUUCCAAAUUUGCGAAGAGUCCAGUUCACUCGCCUCAGGCCAAAGAUUUUGCAUACGGAUGGGAGAGUUGCAAACUGCUUGCCGAGGGUACAUUCAACCGAGGGUGCCAGCCUUACGCUGGUCUCAAGGGAAACCUUUGUGCAGAUCCCAACGACCCUACAAAGGAUGGGGUCUGUAAUGCGGACUUUUCAAAGACCAAUGCGGAUACCUGGGCCGUUGUUGCAGCUGGUAUUUUCUUCAGUGAAAAUGUUGGCACUGAAGUUCAACUCGUUCCGCCCAACCCUGUGUCUGCUCAAUCUGUUUCUGAGCUGUCGACAGCAGCAAUUUCGGGGUGUGUACAGUAUAACCCCCUUAUGUCUGAUCACGGGAGUGCAUUCGAAAUCUAUGGUGUGGUUUCAUUUGGGGAUUCCUUUGUGGCAGGAAUGGGCACCGGGGCAACAACGACAGACGAGUGUCGUGUAGGUCAGUACAACUACGGUGACCUGAUUUAUCAGCAACUCCAAGAUAGUUCUGUUUCCAUCGAAAAGAAAGUCUGCUCAGGUGACACCACAACUGGUUUGGGACGUCAAAUUCAAGAAUGGAGUAGUCAAUCUUCUGCAAAUCUGGCCACUCUGACUAUGGGCGGAAACGAUCUUGGCUUUUCUGAUAUCGUUUGGAAUUGCAUCGUGACCCCAGCUACUUGGCACUAUGGAUCAACUUAUCGCCAAUGGUGCGUUGAUGCCGAGGACAAGGCACGCGCUUUGAUGAAUGACCAAGGAGAGAACGGCCUACGGUACAAGCUCAAAACUCUCUACAAGCAGAUCCUGGACAAGGUCGAACAAGUUGAUCUCUCUCUAUUUAUCACUGGUUAUCCCGAGUUCUUCAACCAAGACACCACGGGUUGUGACCAAAGCACCUUUCAUUAUUUCUGGAGUGGCUACAAGCCUCCAACUGAUACGUGGUUGAACCGCGUUGUCUACCUUACAACCUCUCUUCGCGCAGAACUCAAUCUGCUGGUCUCUCAGCUCAACGAUGUAAUCAUGGCUGCCGUUCAAGAUGCCAAUACUGAAGCUGGUUUCACGAGAGUGUACUACGUUGAUGUCCAAAGCAAAUUCUACUCGCACCGCUGGUGUGAGCAAGGAAUUCAUGAGCCUGACUCGAGCGCUCCGAACACUUACUUCUUUUUGAGCGGCUGGUCCGAUCUCCCUUAUGAUGGCGAUACUGUGACUUCGUCAGAUGCGAGUGAUAUUUCCUAUCUCAAGCAAAAUGGGAUCAAUCUGCCGGACCCAUCAAAUUGUAAAACAGCGCUUGGUUCGGAUCCAGAUCCAUGGCAGAAAUGGCUAUGCCUUGCUUCUAUCACUCUCACCCAAGACCCGGACUCACCGAUAGCAUGGUCAUAUGGAAACGCCUCCCAGGGCAUUAAAGAUGGAGAUUUCAACGCGCAGGAUGUUUCGGACUGGUAUGCUACCCGGCAAAUCAAGGCUUUCCAUCCACGAAGUCCUGGAAUGGAACUAUACCGCGAUGCGAUCUUGGAGAAAAUUGAUGCUACAAUUGGGCAAUAA